ACACAGAUCCAGCUACCUAAAGCUAGAAAAUGACUCCUAAGAAGAAAAACUCCACAAGUUCAGAAUCAGUUACAGUAAUGGUAAAGGGUUCACAUGAGUUCAAGGUGAAAGGUUAUUCACUGGUGAAGGGAAUCGGAGUGGGAAAAUUUAUUGCAAGUGAGACGUUCAAUGUUGGAGGGUAUGAGUGGGCUAUAUACUUCUACCCUGACGGUGUAGACACCCGAGAACACGCCACAGUUUAUGUCUCGGUUUUCGUUGUGCUCGUUUCCAAUGCUAAUGAUGUUCGAGCGAUGUUUGAAUUCGCCAUGCAUGACCAAAGAGGGCAAGGGGAACACUUUGUCCUUGGUCACUUUAAUGACACUCUAGGGACUGAGCCUCACACUUUAUCCAAGGGGGAAAUGUGGGGGAUUAAACGUUUUUACAAACGCUUUCACCUUGAACACUCAAUGUAUCUCAUAGAUGACUGUCUACAAGUAAAUUGCACUGUUGGGGUUUUGCCUACCACCCGAGAUAAUUCCAUGACUAUAGAAGUUCCCGAAUCUACCAUUUCAACAAGUUUUGGGAUGCUGUUUGAAGAUGAGCAAUCAUCUGAUGUUACGUUUUGUGUCGGAGGAAACAAGUUUUAUGCGCAUAAGAUUGUAUUGGCGACUCGGUCAAGUGUGUUUAAAUCUCAGUUUUUCUGUGGAACUGACAAGGUUGAUAGAGAGAUACUUGUCAAUGAGAUGGAGCCUAAGGUUUUCAAGGCAUUACUGCACUUUAUUUAUAAAGAUACUCUUAUAGAAGAUGAAGAACUCCAUUUGUCAAUGUCUUCAUCCUUGGCUUCUAUCUCAGAAUGGUAUGUAUCGAAGUUGCUGGCUGCUGCACACAAGUACGAUUUACCAAGGCUAAAGUUGAUGUGUGAAUCUGUACUUUGCAAACAUAUAUCUAUAGAUUCUGUUGCUCAAAUUCUGGUUAUUUCUGAUUGUUAUGAUGCCACUGAAUUGAAGUUCAUAUGUCUGCAAUUUUCAGCAGAAAACCUUAAUGCUGUGCUGAAAUCUGAUGGUUUCAAGCAUCUUAAGGAAAAGUGUCCACUUCUUCCAUUUGAACUGCUAGAGACUGUGGCAGCAGGAAUUGGGUGUGUCAGUGUUGACAGUGAUGCAACCACACCUGAGCCAAAUGAAAUAGAAGCUGAGAGCACAAGUUAUUAUCCUUCCAGCGAUGAGGAAAACCAUCUGGGUUGGUAGU